GUUUGACCCAGCGAGCGCUGGCCAGGCGUUACAACCACCACCAUACAUUUCAUCCCCUUGUGACCUGCCUCAUAUGUUGUGAACUCUGAACCCGCGUGUGUGACCUCCCUAGCGGCGUGUGACCUCCCCUACGGCUUGCCCAGCACCCCGUGACGCCCAGGAGGGCGGUAAUGGUGCGGUAGAAGGGGUAGUUGGGUGAGAGAGAGAGAGAGACAGUGACUGGCUGGCUGGCUGGUGGCGUCUCCCCCCGGUGUACGAGUGUGAGACCAUCACGACGCCCACUCCGCUCUCCCCCCGUGUGUGCGAGUGUGACACCACCACGACGCCCACUCCGCUUUACCCCCGUGUGCGAGUGUGAGACCACCACGACGCCCACUCCGCCCUCAAGAGUAUGCUAAGAUGGAGGUGGACAUCAGCGAGGUGUUGGCCGCCGUCAACACUCUCUACGACGCCGAGCUCCAUGACAAGGUCAAGCACGACCAGGCCUCCAAGUGGCUGGGCCAGCUGCAGCGUUCUGUACAAGCUUGGAAGGUAGCAGAUCAGUUACUACAUGCAAAACGUGAUGUGAAUUCGUGCUUCUUUGCGGCACAGACGCUUCGCACCAAAAUACAGUUGUAUUUUGGUGAGUUGCCAGUGGAGGCUCAUGCCUCCCUCCGUGCCUCAAUGUUGGAGCACCUUAGUCACAUUACGGAGCACACGUAUCAGGGCAUUGCUACUCAACUCUGUGUGGCUUUGGCUGACUUGGCGCUGCACAUGGCAUCAUGGGAAGAUCCCAUUGGAGAUUUAAUUACUCAACUUGGACCAAGGUCCAGCACCCCUAACUUGGUUCCUUUACUGGAAGUCCUUAUAGCACUUCCUGAAGAACUUCAUUCCAGACAGUUACGAUUAGGAUUAAAUCGGAGAAAGCAGCUCGACGAGUACUUCAGAAGGAAAGUUCCUAGUAUAGUAGAAUUACUGCAUGUUGCUGUGAGUACAGAAGGAGCCACCAAAGAGAGCACACACUUGAAGGCGCUACGCUGCAUGGCGUCUUGGUUUAACAUUCACACGGAAGAAUGGGUGAUGCUCACUAACACCUGCCUUGUUAGUGACAUAUUAAAUGUUGUUAGAAAUCCUCAGGUCUCGCCCAGGUUACAUGAAAUAGCAACAGACUGUGUUUGCUCUGCAAUGAUCAUGUUGGAAGCAGAGAGAAUCCAGCCCUUGGCAGAGGUGCUGUUUGCUGGGGUUUUGCAGCUUGGUGAGCCGUACCACAUGGCAGUGGCCAUGGAAGAUAUUAAUGCAAUAACCAAUUAUGCAAGGAUUUUCUCCGAGCUGGGCGAGACACUAGUGGAGGUGAUGGUAGAGCAGCCGGACCAAGGGUUGGGGUCACUCCAGGUUCUUCAUCUUCUUCUGACCUGUAUUGGGCAUCAUGACUGGGAGGUUGCCGAGAUCACGUUCAACUUCUGGUACAAACUAUCGGAGGUACUCUACAGAAAAAACUGUGACAACGUAAAUGAACAGUUUAAGCCUUAUGUUGAGCGACUAAUUGAGGCCCUUUAUCGGCACUGUCAGAUAGAGCCCGAUCAUGAGAGCAUACUGGUUCAGCAAGACGACUUCUACGAGUUCCGAGAGCGAGUGCAAGAGUUGAUUAAGGAUGUGGUGUUUAUUUGUGGCUCCAAACUGUGUUUCCAGCAGAUGGCACACAUACUCCAGUCACCAGACGUGACCAAGAACUGGAAUCUGAUGGAGGCUGCGUUGUUCAUCAUGCAGAGCGUGGCUAAGAAUCUUGUACCAUACACAAAUAACCUCGAGACCCUGCAGGAGAGCAUACUGGUUCAGCAAGACGACUUCUACGAGUUCCGAGAGCGAGUGCAAGAGUUGAUUAAGGAUGUGGUGUUUAUUUGUGGCUCCAAACUGUGUUUCCAGCAGAUGGCACACAUACUCCAGUCACCAGACGUGACCAAGAACUGGAAUCUGAUGGAGGCUGCGUUGUUCAUCAUGCAGAGCGUGGCUAAGAAUCUUGUACCGGACCUUGAGCGCCAGAACCAUCACACGGUAGACACUAAUAGAGAGGAGAGCGAAGUGGUCCCUCCGAUCUUGGAAGGCUUGCUCGGCCAGCCCGACGACAUACACUUGCAAGUGGCGUUUACGUCGGUUCAGUUACUCGCCGAGCUCAACGAGUGGAUCGCCUGCCACCCCAGCUUGCUUCCUCUUGUCCUUCAGUUUCUGACUAAACGGCUGCAUAAUAAACACCUGGCAACGGUGGCUGCUAAGGCCUUGGAUGCUGUGUGCCAGAGCUGCCGCGACCACAUUGAGCAGCACUUUGACGGACUGAUGCACAUCAUUGCGUCCCUCGACUCGUUCAGCAUCAGCAACGAGGCUGUGGUUGGCCUCCUGAAAGGCGUUUCGUCAAUUCUUGGAAGGUUUCCAAAAGAAAGAAUUAAGGAAGACAUGAAAAAGUUGUGUUUAGUUCAAGUUUCUCAUUUACAGAAGUUGAUAGAGGAAAACAUACCAAUCGAAAAGAACUCUAAAACUGAUCCAGUGGUAUGGUUGGAUCGGCUGGCUGCUAUAUUCAGAAAUGUUAAUCCAAUUGUCCAAAAUGGUGAACGACAUCCUUGCCAGGAAGUGGUUAUGGAGGUGUGGCCCACUCUUUCACUGACGUUCCAGAGGUAUAGUUCAGAUUUACGGGUAAUGGAACAUUGCUGUCGGUGUUUGCGGUUUGCAGUCCGCUGUGUUCAUCAGCACUCUGCACCACUUCUAUCUCCUCUUGUGGAACAGAUUGUUGGCUUAUAUGCUGCACAUGGCCACAGUUGUUUCCUGUACCUGGGCAGCAUUCUGGUUGACGAGUAUGCCAGCGAGGUUGGGUGUGUGACGGGUCUUUUGGCCAUGUUGGAAGCUUUUACGCAACCAACCUUCCUGCUCCUCACGCAGCCCAAUGGCUUCAGAGAUCAUCCCGAUACUGUCGACGACUGGUUCAGAUUGUGCGCCAGAUUCCUUCAGCGAGCACCAGUUGCUUUCCUUCAGUGUUCAGCCUUAAACACGAUCCUUGAGUGUGGACUUCAGGCGUGCAUGUUGGACCAUAAGGAAGCAAAUGCAGCCGUACUCAAGUUCUUUCAAGAUUUAGUGGAGGCAGGGCGUAAACACGAUGACCGACCCGAUUUUGAAACUCGGCACACGUUGGUCGUUAAUAUUUUUAAUACUCACGGCGAGAAUUUAGUGAGCAACCUGGUCACUGCCGCCGUCUUUAUUCUCCCUCAGUACAUGCAUCACGAUGUUGCCGAAACUUUCUUCCAGAUUAUGCAAUUUGACCGUCCAAAGUUUUGUCUGUGGUUAGAGGCGAAGUUAAAGGUGUUGCCAACCAAGAAUUCCGGGGGUGUGGAGGCAAUCACUCAGACCGAGUUGGUGGAGUUCCACAAGGCUGUGACACAGGCGGAGCGCACCAAGGAAAUUACUAGAGCGCUGGUAGACUUUUCAAGAUUCUUCAGCUGACAUGAUAGACAGCAUAGAUGAGGGCCAGUGAGGUGGCUAACAUGACAGCCUUGACACCUGUCGUGGACUAAUGCAAUGGACAGUGAAGUUUAGAAUCACUUGUGAGGUAUUUCACUAUUGUUGAGAGGCUGCUAGAAUGACCUCGGUGAUGGAAUUGCAGCGGAAAGGAAUAUAUCCUAAAGUUGAGGAUGCAUCAGAUGAUCAAAUCUGAAAAAUGGUAUUGGCUUCGACAGUUUUCAAAUUUAUAUAUCAAGAGAUUUCUGAAGAAUGAAGAUAUUGAUUCCAGUAACCUUAGCAUACUGUUAUAAUGACUUUAGCAAGUGCUUGGUUAUCCAUUAUAUUGAAAGUAAUCCAGUGAGAUAUGAAUUCUUUGUAAGUUUAGUACAGGACUGUCUCAUUAAUCUAAGCAUUCAUAAGAGUUGUGUGAAAUGUGGCCGUUUUACACUUUGACAUCGGUUAAAUAUUACUUUGGGAAUUUGAGGAGGAAAUUUCUUAAACAUGACAUCGAUUGGAAUGGUACAUCUAUAGGGCUUGGAAAAAAUUAAUUUUUGACAUAAGUGAACUUGGGAGACAGUUUAAUGUUGUCAUAAAUUUGCAAUCAAGUAUAAUUCAUGUUUAACUUGUAAAAAAUGUAGAUUUGAUUUUAUAAUUUUAUUUUCUGUAUGGUUAUGAAAAAGAGCUGUUGCUUGUCUAUGGACUUUGAAGAGGCAUCUGCUGAAUUCCAAAUAAUGGCAUUGCUUCUUUCUUGUGAUAACUUGACACGCAGAACAUUUCUGUGUGGUUGAAGGACAAAAUUGUGCCUAGUACUUUGGCAUUGUGCAAUGCUCGUGUGUUAAUAGUUGUGUGAACGACAAACAUUAAUGAGGUGUGGGAAUGCGGUGCAUGUAUCUGUGACUGUGCUUCUCGUCUCAUGCCACGUAGUGCGUGGCUUGGGCUUUAGAAUUUCUCCAAAUUUCAGAUAUUCAAGAGUCAAAAUUCACGUGUAUGAGAAAUUGUGUACACUAUUUUGGUUUAGUUUAAUACCCAUUUUUAGUUUUGAAUGUGUGGAGUGAUACACCCAAACCAAAUCCGUGAAGUACUUGUUGUUUGCCGUGACGGAUUAUGCCCGUCGUCUGGCUGAUGUGUCGUGAAUGCAGCUCGGAUGAUCCCUUGCGAGUAAUGCACCGUUCCCUGUACAUUGGUCACUGGUAUAUUACCUGGUUGAGUGUGGAGGUAAGAUUAUUAAAUGGUUUUAAAUUUUCAAAAUAUUGUUUAUUGAAGCGUGUUUCACUGUAGAGCUCUGAAGAUGCUCCACACUGUUCUAGAUGAUUUAAUAAUGAACAGUUAUCUUAAAAGCAGCUUGUUGCUCAAGGACACGAAUAGCUAGUGUGUCCAUAUUAUGACAGCAGUGAGGGUCGGAGCAGCAGCACCACGAGGACCUUCUUCGUGCCCGUGAGGGUCCGAGCAGGAGCAGCACCACAAGGACCUGCUUCGUGCCCGUGAGGGUCCAGGCAGGAGUACCACAAGGACCUGCUUCGUGCCACAGUCACUGUAAAUUACCGACAGUUUGUUCUGUCUCUCUUCCUCCACACACUGAGGUCUCUUCCUUUCCCAUCCAUAUAUGGCUGUAACCUGGAUACAGUUUUGUUACUUCUGGUAAAUACAGUCAUGAUUACUUUGUA